AUGAGGAAGACAGUCUUCUGGCCAAUGAUAGAUCCAUUCUAUCGUGGAAAGAUCACAAAACAACAGUUGAUAAAGAAUGAGGUGGAUCUGGAAACCAUUAUGAAUUGUUUUGACACAAGCAAGAAGAAGUUCGUAUUUGGAGAAAUGGAAAUGAGUAUUACAGAAGAUGAUGUGAAGGAAAUAUUUGAUCUCCCUACUGAGGGAGAAGAACUAAAAUUCAACAAGAAGCUGGAAAAAAAAGAUGAGAAGGUCACUCGACUCUUGAAAACUGUGAACCAGGAUUAUGCGCUUAAAGUAGAAGUACAAAGAGCAUUGACAGAAGAGCUGGCCAAGGAGAAAGAGAAAAAUAAAAAAGAUGGAGCUGGAAAGAUUCAACAUAAGUUCGAAGGGCAAAAGAAAGAAGAGGAAGAAAGAGUAUAUAAUGAGGAAGCAAAAGAGAAAGAAGAGGAAGAAACAAGCAAUAGUGGAGACAAUGGAAAAGGAAACAAGAAGCUUAAAAACAAGAAAUUGAUAUAG